AUGGCAGCAACCAGACACCUCACAGCGUCAUCGAGAUCGUUCCACAGAUUUGCCGAUCUCCCCGCCGAACUCCGUCUCAAAAUAUGGGAGGACGCAUCAACAGGACCCUCAAUGCACGUCUUCGACGUCUGCUUCCCAUCCUGGCGCGGCGCAGAACGCAGCAAACGCGCCUUCCAAGACGCCGACGGCCACAUGUCGGAGGCGAACCAGGCGCGCUGGAGCAAAUACAGCCAGUGCGUCUUCCUCGACGCCUUGGAGGCUGGGCCGGAGGAGCUGGCACGUUCCACGCGCGUCGCGAGACAUGCGACAGACCCCAGCGUUUAUAAGCUACGGCGCGCGCAGCGGUUGACGUCCGCCGAGGCUUCGGGAGCGACGGCGAAGCCGGGGAGGGACGUCAAUACAGUGUGUCUGCCUGGGCGGAACGAGAAGAUCGUGUACGACAAUGAGGAGGACGUGCUUUUCCUGAGGUUCAGAGACGGGGGCGCGGUGACGGAGCUAUCGCAGGGAGUGCUGUUUGGGGAGUAUGAUGCCUCUGGGGCGAACAGUCUGAGUGAAGUGCUUGAGGGGCCGUGGAGCGCGGAGAUGGCGGCGACUUUGCACGGUGGGAGAAAGAUUGCGCUGGACAUUGCAGAGACGUGGACGAAUGAGACUGUUGGGGCGGUGUUGUUGGAGGAGGUUGCGUAUUUGGGGUGCUGUUUGCAGCAGGGGCUGCGGGUGUUGUACUUGGUUGAUCAUUGUCCUGGACGGUGUUCACGAUGCGGGAGGAAAGAAAUGGCCGCGGACAAUUUGCAGGAGAGGGGGGAGCUGUACCGGCAGCUGCAUUACGACGAGGCCCAACCCCGGGAACCGGAUGUGGUAAGGGGGGUUGGCGAGAGGUAUCGCGAGGUUUUUGACUUUGAGGGAAUGGGGUGGACGGACAAACACCCGAGUUUCGUUUUUGCAAGAGCCAUGGACGAGACCAUUCGGAGUCAGCAGGCCGAUGCGGAUGCGAGGAAAUUUCAGGGGGUGAGGGUUUUGGUGGUCGAAGACGAAGACGUGGAUGGGCUGGAUACGACAACGUUGAUGGACUGUAAUCCGGAGGGCGCUCCGGAAAAGAAGAUGGACAUGGUUUGGGAGAUGAGCCUGCGAUGGUCGUGCUGA